AUGUUUGAUUUCUUAAAUGAAACAGAUGAAUUCGUUUCGUCACAGUUUAUGUUCAAUUCGACAGGAUUGACGGUGAACAACGUGUUGCCACCGCCCAACCAUGAAGAUUUGCAUGUUAUGAUAAUGGCCAUUUCAUAUCUACUUUUAUUCCUUCUAGGUACGUGUGGAAAUGUGGCUGUAUUAACAACUAUUUAUCAUGUUGUUCGCUCAUCAAAUACAACUAUUGAUAACACGUUACUAUAUGUAAUAGUUCUUUCAUGUGUUGAUUUUGGUGUUUGUCUUUCGCUACCGUUUACGGUCAUAGAUCAGAUUUUGGGCUUCUGGAUGUUUGGUGUGAUCCCGUGCAAGCUGCAUGCAGUAUUUGAGAACUUUGGCAAAAUUUUGUCAGCUUUAAUCAUGACGGCUAUGGCAUUUGAUCGCUAUGCCGGGGUUUGCCAUCCUCAAAAGAAAUAUCUGCGUUCAAGACGAGUAGCAAUCGGAAUUCUGUUAGGUCUUGCUGCUUAUGCACUCAUCACACUCUUUCCUCUUCUAUGGUCAUUCACUUCACGUGAAUUGGUUAUGUUUCAACGAAUGACAGGACCAAAUACAUUAACUCGUAUGGUAGUAGAGAAGUGUACUGUAGAUAUCGAUUCUAUCAUGUUCACCUUAUUCACAAUCUAUCAAUUUGUAUUAUGUUAUUGCCUUCCAUUGCUACUUAUCGCCUUUUUUUAUACAACGUUAUUGACGAAAUUACGGCAGCAUGCUCGUGGAUUUAAGGGAACGCACAUACCUUUAAUGAGAAUAUCAUUAUACACACUAGCUGUUGCAUGUUUUUAUUUCAUUUGUUGGACACCAUUCUGGCUAGCAACCGUCUUUGCUGUUUAUUUAGAAAAUUCAGAUAAUUCGGAAGGAUCGAUUCCUCCUGUCUUUGUUUAUGUGAUGUAUUUCAUUCAUGCCUUACCUUUUACUAAUUCAGCUGUUAAUUGGAUCUUAUAUGGAGCUCUCAAUAGUCAACUUCAACAGAAAUACCGUUCUGGCAAGAACGGUCCGAAACUGAAAGAACAGCCGUCCAGAACGGCAGCCACUUGUUAUACUAAUACACAAAAUCAUAAUAAUAUUAGUCCAAAUAGUCUUCACAACAAUAAUAACAAAUCAACUCAGCUUAAUGGCUCCGCAGCUUAUAAUCAACUGCAACCCAGUGAAGUUGUCGAUGAUGGGUCAGAUUCUGUCGACAUUCGUCUUCUUUCUCAGCACGAACCAACAUUCCUUUAA